AUGAGGAAGACCUGUGCCAGAAAUCAACGCAACUCCCCGGGAGUGUAUAAGGCAAACAUAUGGGAAUCCGAGCUCAUUCCACUAGACCUGUGGACCAGGAUCGAAGGCGGAGAACCUGUCGAAGAAUUAGAAGGAGUUCAAGUCUGUGCCAAGGACCCUACAAAAGAGCUCAAAGUUGAGCACAAGCUGCAGCCAUCCACCCGAAACGAAAUUGUGGCCUUCCUUAGACAAAACCUUGAUGUCUUCGCUUGGAAUCACGGGGACAUGAGAGGAAUAGACCCCAACAUCGCAUGCCACAAAUUACAAGUGGAUCCUUCAGUUCGGCCAAAGCAGCAAAAACGACGACCUCUGAACCCUGAAAGAUAUGAAGCACUCAACAAGGAGGAGCAAAAACUGUUGCAUAACGGUUUCCUCCGUGAGGCCAAAUACCCGAAGUGGGUCGCAAAUUCGGUCCUUGUGAAAAAACACAAUGGAGAUUGGAGGGUAUGCAUAGACUUCAUCGACCUCAACAAAGCAUGUCCAAAAGACAGUUUUCCUUUGCCAAGAAUAGAUCAAAUGGUGGACGCCACUGUCAGACACGAACUACUCAGCUUCAUGGAUGCGUAUUCCAGAUAUAACCAGAUACCGAUGUACGGCCUAGAUCAAGAACAUACCUCGUUUGUAACUGACCGAGGUCUUUACUGUUACAGAGUAAUGCCAUUUGGUCUCAAAAACACUGGUGUGACCUACCAACGACUGGUGAAUUCUAUGUUUUCCCAACAGAUCGAAAAAACAAUGGAAGUGUAUGUUGACGAUAUGCUGGUCAAAAGCAUCAAGGCCAAGGAUCACCGUCAGCACCUGACCGAGAUGUUUGAUAUACUGAGGAAGUAUGGAAUGAAGUUGAACCAAAGGAAAUGUGCUUUCGGGGUCAGCUCUAGAAGAUUCCUAGGUUACAUUGUGAACAACCGAGGAAUCAAGUUCGAAUGGACCAAAGAAUGCCAGGACGCCUUUAACGAGCUAAAGAGACAACUAGCUCAGCCUCCGUUGCUUUCAAAACCUAAGGCUGAUGAGGUCCUGAAACUUUAUUUAUCUGUUUCAGAACACGCCAUUAGUGCGAUUCUAACCCGAGAAGAGAACGGUGUUCAACACACAGUCUAUUACGUAAGCAAGGCACUUCACGAAGCCGAGCUCAGAUAUUCAUCUGUAGAGAAAUUGGCAUUCACCCUGCUGAUAACCAUGCGAAAACUAAGGCCAUAUUUCUUGGAACUCCCCAUUGAGGUUCUCACCAACUCUUCAUUAAGACAAACACUACAAAGACCCGACACUUCAGGUUGGAUGGUAAAAUGGGCAGUCGAGCUUGGACAAUUCGACAUCAAAUACACGCCACGUUCCUCCAUCAAGGGCCAAGCACUCACCGACUUUGUCUCUGAGUUUUGCAACGUCCCAAUCAAGGAACUACAAGAAGAAACCCCAUGGAGAUUUUAUGUUGACGGUUCAUCCACUGGAGAACGAUCUGGGGCAAGCGUCGUAUUAAUCAGCCCUAUACAUCGCAUAUUUUACGAAACCUUGCCAUUUGACUUUAAAGCCUCAAACAAUGAGGCAGAGUACGAAGCUCUCAUUGCCGGCACAAGGAUGGCCUCAGGGUUGGGGAUCUCCGACCUGAUCAUACACAGCGACUCUCAACUAGUCGUAAAUCAGGUCAACGGUGUAUAUAUGGCGAAAGAAGAAAGAAUGGACAACUAUCUACAAGUUGUAAGAAAAGAACUUGAAAGGUUCAACACCACCGAAAUCAAGCAAAUUUCCGGAUCGUGUUUAAAUGAAGAAGAAGCUCAGCAUACCCUGAAAGACGUUCACGAAGGAAUAUGUGGAAACCAUUCAGAGUUCAGCAUCAAGAAAUAUUUCUCAACGUCGAAACAUCCGCAGGAAAUCGGCCAAGUCGAAGCCAUUAACAAAAUUACUAAGCACAUAUUGAAAGCAAAACUCGACUUGUUUAAAGGAGGAUGCGCCAAAGAACUCCCCAGUGUGCUAGGGUCUUAUCGCACCACUACAAGGACUAGUACGGGAGAAAUAUCAUUCUCAUUAGCUUUCGGUGUAGAGGCUGUGAUCCCACUAGAGUCAGCAUUCCCUCGCUGCGAAAGGAACCACAUGGCUCUUCGUACGGAACUCGACCUAACCGAGGAGAAAAUGAAUCUUACAAAGCCCUGCUCCAUACGUAGGCCGAUCUAA